UCCGGGGAUGUGCGGAAAGCGGGAAUGGGCCCGUGGCAGGGCAGGUCGCGCUUUCCCCCCUUCCGCAGUGUGCCAAGGUUGGGCCGGGCUGUUCUAACGGCAGGCUGAUGCUAAUCUCUAUCAGGAGCACCGCGGCAAAUUUAAGGCGACCUCUGCUCCCAGCGAGUGUCAUAAAAAGCUGGCACAGGACGAGGUAGCCUUUGGAAAGGUCUCUUGUUUCACUGCGGAGAGUGAGAGAUACGUUAGGAUAGGAAGGUUGGAUCUGCUCUCUAAAAACUGGCAAAGUGCUGUCUCAGGAAGAGUAGUGCGAGGUGGUGACCUAAAAGAUGCCAGGAGUCCCAGGAAUCAAGGAUGCUUACACUGGAUUUCUCAUUCAUCCUCCAACGUGCUUAACACACCUCUCCACAAAACCUUAUGUCUGAGGUAAAUGGCAGGACAGAAGGUGGUGUGAAAACUUUGAGAGGCGCUGAGAAGUCCAAGACUCUGUUUCUGGGUGAAGAAUGCAGACUAUAAAGUGCGUGGUUGUCGGAGAUGGCGCGGUGGGAAAAACUUGUCUCCUCAUCAGCUACACCACCAAUGCCUUCCCAGAAGAGUACAUCCCUACUGUGUUUGACAACUACAGUGCCCAGAUGACUGUGGAUGGCCGGACAGUCAGCCUGAAUCUCUGGGACACUGCGGGCCAGGAGGAGUACGACCGCCUGCGCACGCUCUCCUAUCCCCAAACUAACGUCUUCAUCAUCUGUUUCUCCAUUGGCAGCCCCUCCUCCUAUGCAAAUGUGAGGCACAAAUGGCACCCUGAAGUUUCUCACCACUGUCCAAAUGUUCCCAUCCUUUUAGUGGGCACGAAGAGAGACUUGAGAAGUGACCUGGAAACGGUUAAAAAGUUGAAAGAGCAGAGCUUGGCUCCCACUACCCCGCAGCAGGGGACUUCACUGGCUAAACAAAUUGGAGCAGUCAAAUAUUUGGAGUGCUCUGCAUUGAAUCAGGAGGGUGUUCGGGAGGUGUUUGCUGAAGCUGUCCGUGCAGUUCUGUAUCCUGUGACAAAGAAGAACACACGAAAAUGUGUCUUACUGUAGUCGCCUUGGGUGAUGGAUGUUGGAAGUUGACUAGAAUCUUGGAGGGCUUUUUAACGAGUUAAAUUGAAGAUUUGCAUCUUGCACUAACAGCUCUAAGCAGAAAUGGUUUAUACAAUGAAUAUUCUUGCAGUCUUACUGCUUCAGGGAAACUGAAACAGGAAAGGUUUUUUUUCCAACUGAGAGGUCAAAUACCUACUUUAUUUCUAAAGUUCCAGUCUCCAGCUUCUCCAGGGAUCACUUGAUUAUUUUAGUGGAGGAAAAUAAAAGAGGAGACAUCUUUGAAGCCACUUCUUUACUAGAUAGCUAUCAAUUACUAGAUUUGCUGAAAAGCACAAAUUCUUUGCUUUAAGUGUAGCUGCUGCUUUUCCCAUCCUUUAUUUACUGAUUGAAUUUGUUUUACAAACAGAAGAAUGGCUGUCCAGUUGUUUUGUCAAUUUAAAGCUUGAAAACAAUUUGUUUACUUGCAAAAAUGCCUGAAAUAUUAGUGAGAUUCACCUUAUAGUGAACCAUGAUUGAUUGUAUGAAGAGUUAGCAUAAGGCAUGGUUAAUGCAAUAAGCAAGACCCAGGGAAUACCUGCAAUGAUUUAUUAAUAGAAGCAGGAGCUGAUUUCUCCUUAUGUAAGGUACUUAGAAUAAUGAUGACUCACUCAAAUGAGUGCUUUUCAUAGUUUUGAGGUGGAGAAGUGGAAGAGUAGUUUAGAUCCAAGUCUUCCAUUAAUCUUCUAAACUUAGAUUUUUUUUCACUGUCCCAAGAGAUUUUGCACCCCGAGAAUAAAGUUUUUACAGUUACCCUCUCAGGCUGACUGAGGUAUUUGGGAUGAUCAAAAUGAGAUUUUCAGUGUAAUCCCUUUGAGGAAUCCCAGAGACUUGACAGCAGCCUGUUCACUCUUGAGGAGUUAAUUGCUUCAAUUCUUAACGUUCUUGGGGCCACCAUCUGAGAUUUUUAUGGCAAAUUCCUUCGUUGUUUUUCUGUGAGAAGACUGACAGAAAAUAUGGAGAUUCUGUUUACAGGAACCCGUGCUUCUUCCUGUUUUCAGUUCAGUCUGUCAUGGUUAGCCCGUCACUGGAUAGGAUUACCUGGGCAGUUUUUUCCUCUCCUGGAUGCUCAGUUAUUAUAAACUCUUUUUAACUGAAAUUCUAUUUACAUACUUUUUAACCUUCUUUAGCAGCUCUAGUAAGUGGCAGCUGGCUUUUAUUUUCAGGAUGUGCACUGUUCUUUAUGUGUGGUUCCGGGACCAGCUGAGGAGUGAGCGCAUGAGCCCUUCCUUAGACUCAACCUUCCAGCUCCGUGGUAUGAAAGCAGCAUGCUUCAAAGAUACUUUGUGUGAAACCACUGGUGCUGGACUGGGCUUUGUUGUCUGAAGUUGACAGUGCUGUCUUUGUCUGGCUGCAGCCUCAAUUGGUCAUUCAGAACUUGCUUUCUUGUGAUUCCCACACAUGCAAAACUGCACUGGUGUAUAUACCCUGGUCAGAAAAAAAAGUGCCUCAUUUUAGCAAGAUAACAGAAAAAACAUCAACAAGGUUAUUAGGGAUCUUGUGUUAAUUUGACCUUGCUUUAUCUGAUGCUGGCAAAAGUACCAGGUGGAUAGAAACGUUCGUAUUUGUGCCCUAAUUCCACUAUUUGGAUAGAAAUGUUCGUAUUUGUGCCCUAAUUCCACAAUUUGGAUAGAAAUGUUCGUAUUUGUGCCCCAAUUCCACUAUUUGAAGAGGAUGUGCCUUUCUUCAGCUGGUGUAACUGAUGCUGACACUAACUGCAGUUUUUUUAAUCUGAGAUGUUCUCAUUUUGGUGCUGCUUUAGCCAAUUGCAACCCACAGAUUAUAAACUGCAGUUAAUCCAAACCCUGGUACCUGUGGUUAGUGAACCAACACAGGGUUCCAAACGCUGAGCACAGGCAGUACCAAAACACCCGUUCUGCAGGAUGUUUGCAGAAGCCUACAGACUCUGCAUAUUUUUCUUCACCAAGUGCCAUUGCCUGGAGUGUCUUUGUGUCUCUUGCACUUGCAGAGGAAGUGCUGUUCCAGAUGUGGUUCCCACUGUAGUGCCCUGAAGGCUGUGAGGGUGUAGAGAAUUCACUGAGAUAACCUCUACUUACCACGUUCUGCCUUUGCUUUAGCUGUAGGCCUGUAGUGUAGGCUGGACUUGCAGGCAGCAAUUAACUCUGUGCCUUGUAAUUCAAGAUUAUUUUCUGUAGGUAAAUUUCAGUAACUGAGUAAAUAGACUUUAUCAUGUUUAAAAUGUAUUUAUUUAAGCCAGUGCACAUGGUUUGUUUUAAUGCUGGUCAGACCUAAAUCAACUGUCUAGUGACCCCGGUGCAAGCCCAUAACCUUUGCUUUAUUCAGAAAUGUACUUUAAAAAGUCUGUGAUAUGUUUGAACUAGUCUUAAGAAGUGCCUGAAAUUGAAAGUCUACUUUUUUUUUUUUUUUUUGCUACAUAUAUUUGCAGUUUUGUACUGAAGCUACUACUGUUUUUAAAAGUUUUUACUUUUUUACAUGCUGAAAUCUUUUAAUCCUGUGUCUUUUGUGGUUAUUCCUAACUGGAUUACAAGCAUUUUGUGGAGGAGAAAUCUUGUGAGCAAGUAUUAUUGCACAACCCCUGCCCCUCCAUUUCUGUAGGCUCACAAGCAGCCAUCCUGGUGUGAACUGGAAGAGAGUACAGUGAGAUAAAAUUCAACUGCUUAAUCAAUUUCUUUGAUUUGGUUACACUGUUGAUUACAUUAUGCCAGAACACCUUAUCCCCACUUAGAUUACUUAAUAAAUGGAUUGCACAACAGUACUGAGGAGAAUAACGCAACAGUGAUGAAAAUGAGCAGAGAGGGAACUUUGAACCAUCAGACUUUUUACUGGCUUUGGAGUACCUAGUUUAGAUGCUUUUUAUUUCUAUCACCUUCUGACAGGAGUAAAAGUCCUGGCUUGUAGCUGGUUUCCUCCAGCCUCUGCUUUUCACGAGGAUGAGCUUCAGGACAAAUCCAACGAGCUUCUCCAUUCAGUGGGUAUUCUCCUUUUGUGGUUUUCCUUCCUUUUCUUCCCCCUAAAAUUCUUGGUGCCUUUUAUUGUAAGUAGUCCAGUGCUUCAGUUUACAAUCAGUUCUGUUUCUCCCAAGCUUUAUUUUUCUUUUGUGGGCAGUUGACAAAUACAGACUUCACAAAAUCCCAUGGCUGGAUUUUGUCUUGUUUUGGGAGGUCAGAAAACCCAGUUAAGCUGUGUGGGUUUCCUGAACUGUUCAAGGUCCUUUGGUUUGUUACUGAAUAGAGAUGCAAUGUGUGUAUCUUAAUUCACAGAAGAGACUCACUGUGAAGACACAGAUGUUAACCUUUGCUUUGUGAAUGAUUUCUGAACUACUUGGGUUUUUUUUUUUUAAAUACAGCUGAAGCUGAGCAGUUCAGGAAUUUUGUGUCCAAAGGAUGUUAAUGAGAUGUGCUUAGAUGUGGAAAUGCUUUCUUCAGUUUACAGCUCUAGCUAUUUCUAUGAAAUUUAAACUAGAAAAACCUCCCCGUGCUUUGUCUCCGGGUGCUAAACCUCACUCUGUAGAAACCUUGGUGCUGCUUGGGCUGAUCCCGAGAGUGGAUGGAUCUCAGGGGGGUCCCGACUCCCGGAGUGGGCAGCAAGGACCACCCAUCAGCAGUGGAAGCCCAAGACUCUGAAGUGUGGUACUGAUACAUACACUGGCAACUUGAUUUUAUGCUAUAAAAUGAUUUGUAUUACAUCUAACAGUUUUAAAGGAAUUUUUUUUUUUCUUUUUUUUAAAAAAUAAAUUAUGCAUAAUUACAUUGUAAUAAACCUUUCCUCACCUCUCUGGCUGUCGCAUUAACUCGCCCUGCUGUUUGUACCGCACCUGUGCUCAAGGCAGCUCUUUCCUGUGGAAAGCCAGACCCCGAUUCCUCGAGGCAAUAAAGGAAUUUUUGGGAAGGGC